CACGAUGACGUGUACGCGGCUCUCAGCCAAUAGUCUUCCUCCAUACACGGAAGUCCGAGAGAAGAGGGAAGUUCGGUUUGUAUACAACUCCGAUCGAGCGCCUUGUUUUCUCGUGUGAAGACACGAAGAGUGAACGGAUGUAGCGGACUCCUCCUGUGUGGAGACUGCGGUUUGACGUCCUGUCCACAUGAUCUUUCUUUGCCCCUGAGUAAAUUCACCUGGACAAGGGGCCCAAUGUCUCUGCUGCAACCAGCCAUCCAGCUCCAGCACACGACAGAGCCGCUGCCGAGUGUCCAGGAGGAGCUACAGUUCUGGAUGGACAAAGCGGUUGCUUGGGGCCAGGCUGACAGUCCAGACACUCAGAGAGACACCAGCCUGCACUUGAGAAGAUUAAGCAGUUACCUCCAGGAACUGCUCUCACAUAUCAACACUGUGAGAUCCACGACAGAAACCAUGAAGCGGCUGCCCCUCCUGGGACAGCUCCUUGGCCGACUGUGCUGGAACCCUCACGUUACCGCUGAUGAUACGAGCAGAGGGCUGCUGUUCCAGUGUCUGUGGGGACUGUACUCAGAGGAGCCGAGUGAUGCUGUGGAAAGAAAAGCCAACCAGUGGAUACGGAGAGUGCUGUGUCAGCUUUCUACAGAAGAAGAUGAUGCUGCGGCGGAGAAAUUAAUGAAGCGUAUGGGUGUACCACCAAAAGAGUACCAUCUCAAAGUGCUGACAAAGAUGGUGACAGUGCUGCAGGAAAACAUUGGAAAGAGCUGUAGUUCUCUGGGAAACAUAAAUCAGAGGUGUUCAUGUGACAUCAUCCUGGCUACAUCCGAGGCGUGUGUCCCUCUGGUCUCUUGUCCGGAGGCCGCCCCUCUCAUUGGUGCUCUGCUGCAGCGUCCAGCGACUUGUGUCAGAGCAGCUCUGAGUGAAGACUUCCUGGAGGCGCUGAGCUCUGCCUUCUCCAGAAAGGUCUUGUCAUUGGAGGAUCAGGCUGUCGUCUCUCUGUGGAUUCACAGUCUGUCCAGCCUGGAAGAGGCCGUGCUCAGUCUCCUGGAGUCUGUUCUGAGCAACACGGGGUCGACACCACAGAGGAUGGUGCAGCAGGUGUCACAGUCUCUGCUGCCUAAAGCCUGUGCACAGCACUGCUCAAUAUUUUUAGUUGUUAAUGACAUCUUCAGGUCGACCCUUAAACAAUCUGAAGGAAACAACUCUGUUAAAUCUCUUAUCCAAACAUUCACCAGCUGUUUCCUGAGGGAAGUGGCCCUGCUGCAGCCUCAGAAGUGUGUGUCUCUGAAGGCUUUCUUCCCACAGUCACCUCAGAGUGUGUUGGUUCCUCUGUUGACCCUGCCGUCAGAGAUGCCUCCGGAGGCUUGGAGCCAUCACCUGAACUGGCUCAGCAGCUCAUUACAGAGACUGACAGAGGAGGAAGAGGAGGGAGACGGCCGCAGCAGCACCAGGGGGCACCAGAGGGUGUUCGAGGCCUGGUUCCUGCUGGUCCAGUGUGCUCACUGGGUGCAGGUGAGCGUCCAACUCCUGGGGACAAACGGGCUGGAGGACCGUGGCCCCCUCCUGUGGCUGCUGACCUUCUACCACCACCCCACCAACAGGGGGCACCACAGGGAUCUACAGCUGGUACAGGCCGGAGAGGCGUGGCUCCACCUCCACGCCCUCUUCUCGGCCCCCCCCCAUCCGGCUCCUGCUGACCGCCAGCAGCUGUUGGUCGCUCUGCUGUCACCAGGACCUCAGCGACCGGCCCUGUGUCCGUCACUGGUCUUCAGCCUCUUACUCAACUUUGCAGUUUUUUCCCACCAGCCGCUGAGCUGCUCGACACAGGUUUUACACACGGUGGUGCGUCGGUCUGGUCUGGUGGAAGAAGCAGCGUGUGCUCUCCGCUCACUGGAGCUCCGGCUAAGUGCAGGAAGCUGCUCAUCAAGCGACGCUACCAGAGUUCACCUCAGGAUCGAGGCCCUUCAGAACACACUAACACAUAUGCAGGCAGCAUGGAGCCCUGCUGAGAGCCAGACACACACUCACACACUCUGAAGGAGGUGAGAGCGCAUAGCUACACACAUACACACACAUUAAUACAAACAACCACACAGCAGCGAGUUCCUCCUCAGCUCAGGGGCUUUUCAGGGCACGUCUGCAGAAUGACAAAUAGCCUCACUCUUGUGUAGAUGUGCUUGGGACAAUGACAGGAAUGUGUCAGAACACAGCUCAGCAAGGACAGAUUAUGUGGAGUGUGCAAUUAUAUGCGCACACAAACACACACUACAACUACAAGGCCCACAAGGACAUUUGAGAAGUGACAGAUCACACUGCAAAGAAGCAGCAGCGGGUACAGCGUGUCAGAGUCCUCCCACUCAUGUAAUUGUCUCACAAAAUAAAUCCUUCACGCUACACACACACACACACACACUUCAAGGCAUUCAUGUCUGAAGGAAACUGACACCAAAUGCCACUUACCUUUGUGCCAAAAUGUGUUAAAUAUGAGACAUUACAUUGCCGAGUUAAUGAUAAACAGUUAAUAAUGAAAUGUAAAUCCGCUUAUUUUUGGAUGUACAUUCUCUGGUGUUUUCAAUUAUUAUAAAAACUGUCUGUCCAUGGCAUUUAAAAUAAAUAAAUACACAUUUAAACUACUUCUAUUGAAGUACACUAUUCCUGAUUAAGCUUCCACAUAACUACUUCAUAAUAUUGUUUAUACCGUCAAUAGUUUAGGGCGACAACUGAUAAUCGUCUCCUCUGCUGGUGAAUCUGUGGAUUUGUUCUCCCAGAGUGGAAAGUAUUUAAUUUACUCAAAGAAACGCAGUAAAUUCUCUCAUGUGAGAACCUGCUGAUUCUGGUACAUGUUGUACUUUGUGAUGAGGUCAUAUGAUUUGAGUGGUUUUGUAAGAUUUGUUCUUGAAAUAAAAAAAUGUGCUCAAGUUGGGAUUUAUUACCAAAGAUCUUCAUAAGCUUGUUUCCUUUUUUUAUUUUAUUAAUCCUCCACUGUCCUCAAUGUUUAGAUGUGAUCGACUUUGGAUCCCCUCAGCGAUGGAGUGGACUCCAACAGGGUUAGGGAUAAACUCAUGAAUCCAAAGUGAUCCCAUCAUCCGUGUAGAACAGGAAGAUGUAGACCUGCUCUAUGAUUGAUUAUUGUUAUAGUCAAAUUUGAAACUGAUUAGAUUCUAGUGGUCAAAAGUGAAGGUAAACCACGACCUCACUCAAAAAACCCUUGCUACCUUUUAUUACAUUUCUUUAUAAAACCUUCAUGACAUGAGGUGUUGAUACUAGUUUAUAAAAGCAUUAAACAUCCAGUGAUAAGCAUGUAGGUGUUUAUGAAAUGAGAAUCUAGAUAUUUGAACCUUUGCAAAUAAAAUCAGGCAGAAAUCUUCAACUUUAACUCCUUCAGACACGGACUGAGCUUAAAAAGUCACAGGUUCAAGAAAACAAUUUUUUAUUUCAACCCGAUUGUAAAAAAAAACUCACUUGACAUCACGCAGGGAAAACAUCUUGUCAUUAUUAUAUUUACACAGCAGUUACAGAACCGUCACAUGGACGUAUAGAAAACGUCCUGAUCCUUGUCAAGUGUUUAUUUUCCAGUGUCGUUACAGCCCAGAGAGAAGUGAGGUCAUUUGUUAUGUAUGAAAACAUUAUUCACCUGGAAGGUUUUCCAGUCUAAACUCCAGAACCAGAUCGUGGCUGUAGACUAAACAGACAUGAAUUCACACCUACACACAGACUCACACACACACAGACACACACAGAGAAACUAGCUGAGACGCAGCUGCUGAGGUCGGGGGUGCAGUA